UGCACUUUCAAGCUCUGUGCAAACACAACUGGAUCCAAGUGUCUGAACCUGUAGACCUGGGAUCUGACUGGUGCAGCUAGGAGAGAGGGUGGUUGGCAUGCGCUCUGACCUAGUGCCAUCUCAUCUUAGACUUCAAGCGCAAGUCUCCCAUUCAGGCUCCUCUGGCGGAGAGUGGACAUGCGAGCAUAAAGGAGUAGACGUUAUAAAUGUGCCCUUCUGCCCCUACGCCUUUCUAACCUCUUAGUCCUCAUCUUAAUUGACAAACCGGUGACUAUUGGCUGAAGUUCCCCAGUGAUUUGCAUGAACCAGGAGGGAGUGUUCUCUGCUGCCCUCCCCUCUGGAGCAAGCUGACUGCAGUUUCCCUGGGAAUGCUCCGCCGAGGGAAUGCGCACAGCUCGCGGGCCCUGGCUGUGAGCUGGCGCUCGGAGACCUGCCACCCGCGCCUGGAUAUGGGGCUUCUACAUCGUCUCAGGAGCAGCACCAGCCACAGGAAUCUGCCGCAUGCAUUUCUGCUUUUCCUCUUCGUGGGACCCUUCAGCUGCCUCGCGAGUUACAGUCGGGCCACGGAGCUUCUGUACAGCCUAAAUGAGGGACUGCCAGCAGGGGUGCUCAUAGGCAGCUUAGCUGAGGACCUGAGGCUGAUGCCUAGGGCGGCUGGGAGACAGAGCCAGCAGCAGCAGCCAGAGGGGAACCCCCCUCUCUCUUUCAGCUUGGCCUCCGGGGGACUGAGCGGUCAGUACGUGACCCUAGACAACCGCUCUGGAGAGCUGCACACUUCGGAACAGGAGAUCGAUAGAGAGGCUCUGUGUCUUGACCAGGGUGGAGGAGCUGCCUGGGGAGGCAGUAUUUCCAUCGCCUCCUCUUCUUCUGACACUUGCCUUUUGCUUCUGGAUGUGCUCGUCCUGCCUCAGGAAUAUUUCAGGUUUGUGAAGGUGAAAAUUGCCAUCAGGGACAUCAAUGACAAUGCUCCACAGUUCCCAGUUUCCCAAAUCUCUGUUUGGGUCCCUGAAAAUUCUCCUGUAAACACCCGGUUGGCCAUAGAGCAUCCUGCCGUGGACCCAGACAUAGGCAUUAAUGGCGUGCAGACCUAUCGCUUACUGGACUAUCAUGGUAUGUUCACCUUGGAUGUGGAGGAGAAUGAGAAUGGGGAACGCACGCCCUACCUAAUUGUCAUGGGUGGGUUGGACAGAGAAACCCAGGACCAUUAUGUGAGCAUCAUCAUAGCUGAGGAUGGUGGGUCUCCACCACUGUUGGGCAGUGCCACCCUCACCAUUAGCAUAAGUGAUAUUAAUGACAAUUGCCCUCUCUUUGUAGACUCACAAAUCAAUGUCACUGUGUAUGGAAAUGCUACAGUAGGCACCCCAAUUGCAGCUGUCCAGGCCGUGGAUAAAGACUUGGGGACUAAUGCACAGAUUACUUACAGUUACAGCCAGAAAGUUCCACAAGAAUCCAAGGAUCUAUUCCAUCUGGAUGAAACAACUGGAGUUAUUAAACUUUUCAGUCAGAUCGGUGGAAGUGUUCUACAGAUGCACAAGCUCACCAUCCUUGCUAAUGGACCAGGCUGUAUUCCUGCUGUAAUCACUGCUCUGGUGUCCAUCAUUAAAGUCAUUUUCAGACCUCCUGAAAUUGUCCCACGUUAUAUCGCAAAUGAGAUAGAUGAUAUUGUGUAUCUGAAGGAACUGGAACCUGUUAACACUCCAAUUGCAUUUUUUACCAUAAGAGACCCAGAAGGCAAAUACAAGAUUAACUGCUACCUGGAUGGUGAAGGGCCAUUUAGAUUAGCACCCUACAAGCCCUACAAUAAUGAAUAUUUGCUAGAGACCACAAAACCUAUGGACUAUGAGCUACAACAGUUCUAUGAAAUAGCUAUAGUUGCCUGGAAUUCAGAAGGGUUUCAUGUGAAAAGAAGCGUGAAAAUACAACUUUUAGAUGACAAUGAUAACGCUCCUGUCUUCCUUCAACCCUUGAUAGAACUGACCAUUGAAGAAAACAAUGCACCCAAUGCCUUUCUGACUAAGCUCUAUGCUACAGAUGCUGAUAGUGGAGAGAGAGGCCAAGUUUCCUAUUUCCUGGGACCUGAUGCUCCAUCAUAUUUUUCCUUAGACAGUGUCACAGGAAUACUAACAGUUUCUACUCAGCUGGACAGAGAAGAGAAAGAAAAAUACAGGUACACUGUCAGAGCUGUGGACUCUGGGAAGCCACCCAGAGAAUCAGUGGCCACUGUGGCUCUCACAGUGUUGGAUAAAAAUGACAACAGUCCUAGAUUCAUCAACAAGGACUUCAGCUUUUUUGUACCAGAAAACUUUCCAGGAUAUGGUGAAAUUGGAGUCAUUAGUGUAACAGAUGCUGAUGCUGGGCGGAAUGGAUGGGUGGCCCUUUCCGUGGUAAAUCAGAGUGACAUUUUUGUCAUAGAUACAGGCAAAGGCAUGCUGAGAGCUAAAGUCUCAUUAGACAGAGAGCAGCAAAGCUCUUAUACUCUGUGGGUGGAAGCUGUUGAUGGGGGUGAGCCUCCCCUUUCCUCCACCACAAAAAUUACAAUUCUUCUUCUAGACAUCAAUGACAACCCUCCUCUUGUUUUGUUUCCUCAGUCUAAUAUGUCUUACCUGCUGGUUCUGCCUUCUACUCUCCCUGGUUCCCCAGUUACGGAGGUCUAUGCUGUUGAUAAAGACACAGGCAUGAAUGCUGUCAUAGCUUACAGCAUCAUUGGGAGACGAGGUCCUAGGCCUGAGUCCUUCCGCAUUAACCCUAAAACUGGCAAUAUUACUCUGGAAGAGGCCUUGCUGCAAACAGACUAUGGACUACAUCGCUUAUUGGUGAAAGUGAGUGAUCAUGGUUAUCCUGAGCCUCUCCAUUCCACAGUCAUGGUGAACUUAUUUGUCAAUGACACUGUCAGUAAUGAGAGCUAUAUUGAGAGUCUUUUAAGAAAAGAACCAGAAAUUAAUAUAGAGGAGAAAGAGCCACAAAUCUCAAUAGAACCAACUCAGAGGAAGGUAGAAUCUGUGUCCUGUAUGCCCACAUUAGUAGCUCUGUCUGUAAUAAGCUUGGGUUCCAUCACACUAGUAACAGGGAUGGGCAUAUACAUCUGUCUCCGCAAAGGCAAGAAACAGCACAGGGAAGAUGAAAAUUUGGAAGUACAAAUUCCACUGAAAGGAAAAAUUCACUUGCAUAUGAGAGAGAGAAAACCAAUGGAUAUUUCCAAUAUUUGACAUAUCAUUAUAGAAUAACACAGAGAGAUGUUUAAGCUGACUUGAGUAGUCUUUGCCACCCAAAUAAGAUUGUGCUGAUUCAGUUCCACUGAAGGACAACUAAUUUAUAACUUGUAAUAUAUUGUAAAUAGCUGUUUACAGGUUUUUAAUUCAAAUUCAGAGGUUAUAAAUGUACAGCAUUUUUAAAUGAAAAUUAAUACUAACAGCUAUAGAAUUGUUAUUUA